CGUUCAAGGCAGACACACACAGGCACACAUAUAUAUAUAUAUAUAUAUAUAUAUAUAUAUAUAUAUAUAUAUAUGUUUAUAUAUAAAACUUUUAGAAGUGCUGACUGACAAGCUAUUACUGUUUGGUUUUAAGGGGGAAUGAAUCUUCUUUCACUUGAAGUUGUUUGCACCAUAACCGGUUUUGAAGAGGAGUUGAGGCGCGGCAGCGGAUGGGAACAUACAGCAGCAGCAGCAGCAGCAGCAGCGCCAAACUCACAAUGCGCCCGGAGUGAACAGAGGCAGGGAGACAAUACAGAUCCGCGGGCACACUGAGGAGCUGCAAUCUCUCAUCUGGGCUCUAUUUUUCGUUUCAAAACCUCUUCCAGAGUGGCAUUUCCUUCCUCCAAGGCUGAAUUAUUGAUUGAUUGAUUGAUUGAGACAAAAUUGACUUCGCAACGAGAGCAAGUGGUUUGAUCUCCAAACUCAGCCAUGACGUCUCCGGCGAAAUUCCGAAAGGACAAGGAGAUAGUGGCCGAAUAUGAAACUCAAGUUAAAGAGAUCCGUGCCCAGCUGGUGGAACAGCUCAAGUGCUUGGACCAGCAGUGUGAGCUGAGGGUGCAGCUGCUUCAGGAUCUGCAGGACUUCUUCAGGAAGAAGGCGGAGAUUGAGAUGGACUACAGCCGCAACCUGGAGAAGCUAGCUGAAAGGUUCCUCACCAAGACGCGCAGUACCAAGGACCAUCUACUCAAGAAGGAGCAAAGCAUCUUAUCACCAGUGAACUGCUGGAACCUGCUGCUGCUUCAGGUGAAGAGGGAGAGCCGCGACCAUGCCACUCUGUCCGACCUCUACCUCAACAACAUCAUUCCCCGCUUUGCACAGAUCAGCGAGGACUCAGGACGCCUCUUCAAGAAGAGCAAAGAGGUUGGCGUACAGCUGCAGGAAGACAUGAUGAAAGUUCUUAAUGAGCUUUACACGGUGAUGAAGACAUACCACAUGUACAACACGGACAGCAUCAAUGCCGAGUCCAAGCUGAAGGAUGCGGAGAAGCAGGAGGAGAAGCAGAUGGGACGCUCCGGUCGACAGGACGACCGUCAGACGCCGCGCUCCCCCGACACCCUGGCCAGCAUCAAGACUGACGAGAAACCAGUCCGACGCUCCAGUGUCAAAAAAAUCGAGAAGAUGAAGGAGAAGAGACAAGCUAAGUACACAGAGAACAAGCUGAAGGCCAUCAAGGCCAGGAAUGAGUACCUGCUAGCUCUUGAGGCCACCAACAGCUGUGUCUUCAAAUAUUACAUCCAUGACCUCUCCGACAUCAUUGAUUGCUGUGACCUGGGCUACCAUGCCAGCCUGCAUCGUGCCCUGAGGACCUACUUAUCUGCAGAACAGAACGUAGAAACAUCCAAACACACCGGCCUGGAGACACUGGAGGGAGCCGCAGAGAGUCUGGAGCCCAACGGGGACAAACAGAAACUGAUGGAGACCUACAACAACGUCUUCUGCCCCCCGGCUCGGUUCGACUUCCAGUCCCACAUGGGAGACACGAUGGGAGUGAUGUGUGCACAGCAGCCGCUGGAAAGCGAGCUGCUCCAGAGAUGUCAGCAGCUGCAGUCCCGUCUCUCCACACUCAAGAUUGAGAAUGAAGAGGUGAAGAAAACCAUGGAGGCUACUCUGUCCACCAUCCAGGACAUGGUGACAGUGGAGGACUACGACGUCUCCGAGUGCUUCCACCACAGCAACAGCAUGGAGUCGGUCAAGUCCACUUUCAGUGAAUCCUAUCUCAGCAAGCCCAGCCUGGCCAAGCGGCGGGCCAAUCAGCAGGAGACGGAGCAGUUCUACUUCACGAAGCUGAAAGAGUUUCUGGAGGGCAGGAACCUGAUCACCAAACUGGACGCCAAGCAUGACCUCAUCCAGAAGACCCUGGGAGAGAGUCAGAAGAGUGACUGUUGCCUUGCCAGUGGACGGAGAAACUCGACAGUACGGAAGCAGGAAUCAGGUGAGGCCAUUCCUCUGAUGGUUGAGAGCUGCAUCCGCUUCAUCAGUCGCCAUGGUCUGCAGCAUGAGGGCAUCUUCAGAGUGUCAGGCUCCCAGGUGGAGGUCAAUGACAUCAAGAAUGCCUUUGAGAGAGGUGAGGACCCGCUGGCAGGGGACCAGAAUGACCACGACAUGGACUCCAUUGCUGGGGUCCUGAAGCUCUAUUUUAGAGGGUUGGACCAUGCUCUCUUCCCUAAAGAAGUCUUCCAUGACCUCAUAUCCUGUGUCUCAAUUGAGAGCCUCCAGGAGCGGGCAGUCCACAUUAAGAAAGUUCUACAAUCUCUGCUGAGCAAAACCCUCAUCAUUAUGAGAUACCUGUUCGCCUUCCUCAACCACCUGUCUCAGUACAGCGAGGAUAACAUGAUGGACCCCUACAAUCUGGCCAUCUGUUUCGGUCCCACACUGAUGUCUGUCCCAGAGGGCCACGACCAGGUCUCCUGCCAGGCUCACGUCAACGAGCUCAUUAAAACUAUCAUUAUCCACCAUGACACCAUCUUCCCUGGACCGCAGGACCUGCAGGGCCCCGUCUACAUCAUCCCUGGAAGUGGUGAUGACUUCUGCGACAGUCCACACUGUGAGCCCCCCCUUGUGGAAGAGCCUGCUCCUGACACCGUCUCUGUCAGCCACAACAGCGAAGAUGGCUCCUUGGCUGUUUCAGAGUCCGACCCAAUCGAAGCCAUCGCUCGGUUCGACUACUCCGGGCGGACUAGUCGGGAGCUGUCGUUCAAAAAGGGAGCCUCUCUGCUUCUGUUCCAGCGAGCUUCUGAUGACUGGUGGCAGGGACGACACAAUGGAGUGGAUGGACUGGUGCCACACCAGUAUAUUGUGGUCCAAGACACGUCUGAUGGGGGACGGGGAAGUCCAAAGCCUGAUGUUGACUCCAGGGAUCUGCUGGAGGAGAGGGUGUCCACUAGAGGCAGCGCCGCCUCUCCUACUGGAGCUCAUGUGGCUGACAUCUACCUGGCCAACCUGAACAAGUUGAGGAAACGUCCGGAGUCUGGGAGCAUCCGAAGAGCUUUCCGGAGCUCAGAGAGCGAAAACACCAGUCCAGGAGCCAGCGGAGGGGGAGGAGUGAGAACAGCUUCUCUUCCUGUUGGAGGGGCUCUGGUGAAGGAAACUGGAGACAAACGACCCGUCAGCGCUCAUAGCAUCCUCAACUCAGUCACUCGCCACUCCUCUCUCAAGACCAAGGUGGAGAGUCCGCAGUUAAGGAAGACAACUACAGCAGGGCGCUCUAAGAGCUUCAGCAACCACAGACCACUGGACCCAGAGGUGAUAGCCCAGGUGGAGCACAGCUCACAGGACAUCGAGGUGGCAAUGAGCUCUACCCUGAGUGAGCGACAGAGCACCUCCAAACAUACACACACCCCUGACGUGGUCCUGGACACACUGGAGCAGCUGAAAGGUGUGAGUGGUGGUGGGGGAGGAGGAGGAGGAGCCUCAGAGCCUUCCAGUCCCCUCCACUCCCGUCUGUUGCGGGACAGUGAGGGGGUCUCCUCACAUGCUCACCCACUUCAGCGCAGCGCCUCCUCAGCCAGCGAUGUACCCUCCUCCUUCCGCCCCGCCAAGAGCCAGCCGCGGAGCCCCCUGCCCUCCGCCACAUCCCCCUCCCUGUCCUCCUCCUCCCUCUCUUCCUCUGUACCUUCCUUUAGAGAGCUGCGCCCCCCAGCAACAAGACCCAAGCCGGUGGUGUUCCCAAAGAGCGGAGGAGGGGGUGGCAGCCCGGCAAUGGGCUCCCCGACCUCCACUGUUCCCCCUACACCUCCACCUCCACCUGCAGGCCACACACACUCUCUCCCUCACACUCCUCCUCCUCCACCCCCGCCCCAGUCUAACGACAAAUCCUGCCCGGCUUAAUACCCCUCGAUCUGAAUCACGUUACUGAUCCUUACAAACUCUUCUACCAGGUGCUUGAAGCACUUCAUUAGUUUCACAUAAGACCCCUAACCCACUACUCAUGUGUAGCAUUCACUUCUUGGUGUCCAGGCGAGUUCUUAAGACGCCAUGUUCCCUUUAGAGUUUUUCCUGCGCUGUCCUGGCAGCUCUUCACUGUCACAAGGUGUAGGUUAGUGAACACCCUUCAAAGACACGUCUUUUUCUCAGAUUCCAGUGAUCACUGGAUUUUAAAAUCUUUCACAAGGGAACAGGACUCAGGAUGGACACCUACAGACCUACAGCACCUGGAGCUUACAUACACUAGUUUGUGAUGUUUGAAAUUGUGUUUGAGUGGGCGUGCAAGAGUGUUACUUGCCUUUACACACAGAUCUAUGUGAGGAACAAAAAGCACUGUUUGAUUUUGUAUAGUAGACAUGACAGUUUUUUUUUUUUUUUUCUUUUUAAUGACCCCAUGGCUAGCGGACUGGAAGGGAGUGUUUGAUUCCUAAGAAUAGACUGUGAAAUGCUAAGUUCUUGCUCUGUGUAGAAAUUAAAACACACUGACUUGCUGCUUCAGAAGUGGAAGACUGGUGAUAAAGGUGGACACUUUGGAUGAUGAAAGGAAGGAAAACUGGGCCAAAUAUCAGUGUAGGUCAUGUGAUCAAGAGCUUUAUUUUAUCUCUUCCUCCAGUGUUUGAUAUGUUGGUGAUAUUUUUUUAUUUUUUUUAUUACUGUUCAGUACUAGUACCAUUACAGGAGCAUAACAGGAGCAGUGCUCUCCAAUAUACUUAACAUGGCCAACAGUAAUUCUAACUCCAUAUAUAGCAAUAAAAAAAAUUAAAAAAAGUUGGUAGUUUGAAGCAUCCUGCUGCUUCUCUCCUGCAGCUCUGUUAUGUGUGUAGGGGACCACUGAAACCCAGCAUUUUUAUAUGUAAUGUUGGACUGUACACACACACACACACGUUUUCUAAAUCUGUGUGUGGUGGUGUUUUGUGGCAGCUAAACACCUUUCAGGUUUUCCUUGCAUGCUGGGGCCACAGACGGCAGCCACAGUGGCAAGCUGCCUGAUCGCAUCAGUUUAUGUAUCUGCAGUACCAGCUAUAGAACGACUUCAAACAAAGUUACAGCUUGCUCCUUUAAAUAUAUACUUAAGACUUAACAGUAAAAAAAGGGUUUAUUAUUCUAAUGGUGUGUAUGUAUGUUUAAUAUUCGUGAUAACUGGAAGCAUGGAGCUGAGGAUCCUCCUGAGUGUGUUUAGAUAGAAGCACAACCAACCACCUCAUCCAAUGCGCUCUUAAGCAAGGUUUGCUUUUGUUGUUACUUUUUUCCCAGGUGUUUAUUAAUGCUCAGAACCUGUUAUGGUAAAAUGUGGAACUGUGUAACCGUCUGGGUGUGUGCGUGUGCGCCUGUGUGAGCAUGCGUGGAUGUAGAGUAUGUAUGCACCUCACCCCACCCUUUCCCACUCAUCAUAAAGGGAUGCCACCCGACAGCAACGGCUGUCUGCAGACAGGAAAACACUGCUCCUACAUUCUGGAGUACCAGGGGCCUGAAUAAAUAUGCACUGUGUACGUGUGAUCAGAUAAAAAGCCUGCAGGAAUACAUAAAAUCUCGUCUUGUCUUCAGCCACUGCUGUAACAACAGUGGCAGACCAGCUUUAAGUAGACUGAGGAUGAGGAAACCCAAAUCCAAGAGCUUAAACUUAGACUUUUCUUUCUUUUGAUAUUAUUUGAUAAUGUAUACCUUUGCAAAAUUAGAACUGAUGAUGAAUUAUGGAAUAAGUGUAUAAAUUUUUCGAAUACUGACUUCAAAUUUGGAGAUAUGCCAUUCAGGGUAAACUGAAUAAAGCCUUUUUGAUGUAUUUCACUUUCUUGAGAAAGUAUUGAACUUAUUUUACCCUGGUGUCCUUAUAUUCCCUACUAUUGCAUCUUUCCCCUUCUCCACCACUGUUUCCCCAAAAAUACAGCACAUACUGACUUCCUGUAUGCUCUUUACCAGGUAAUGAAUUAUAACUGUUACGGUUUUCUUUUUAAUCUCUGUAUACUGUUUGUGUAUUACCUGGUGUAUUUGUGUUGCUCUUACCUCAUCAUGACAACUGGAGGGACUGUGACUGUGUGAGUGUUUGUGGCGAGAGAUUAACUCACUUUAUCAACACGCACUCUCUCACACAUACGCACAUGCAUGUGGGUGGUUGGUGUGUUCUGUCCUGGCUGUGCUGUCAAGAGGAGCUGGGACCCUCUCAAAUCAAUCAUCAUGCACUUGAACAACUUGGCUUGUGUGUGGACUAACUGUGUGGGGAUGAUUUGUCGGAACUGAAUAUUGUUAAAUAUGCAUUUUUGUGUCCAUUUGAAAACAGCAGAACUAAAAAAAAAGAAAAAAAGACUGUAAUGUCAAAUCUAUUUAUAGUUGUCUCUGUAUUACUGGAGAAUCCUGUGUUCAGAUGUACUUUGUAUAUACAAUGUUGUACAUUACAGAGGUACACUCUUUUUUUGGUACAAUAUUGUACAGUAAUAGCAAUAGUAGUUUAAUCAAAUAGGCCUUAUAUAAUUCUAUGUGUAGUUCUUGUAGUAGAUCUGUUUUUUAAUAAACAUUGCUUGCUAUAAAGAUU